GCCCCGCCCCCUCCUCCUCCUCCUCUCCCUCCGCGCGCCGCCUUGCCUGCACCAAAGAGCGCUCGGGUUUCUGCUGAGGCUGCAGCGCGGGAGGGAGGGAGGGAGUCAGUCAGGGAUGGCUCGCGCCCGACUGUCCGGGGCCCCGCCCCCCGCGCGCUGCCCCGAGUAGCCGCAGAGGAGGGAGGCUGCUGUGCCGUCGGGUGGGGGUGGGGGGGGCGCCCUCGGAGCCCUUCUCAGGGAUCCCUCCUCCGUCUUGCCCUCUCUCCUCUGGAUGAAUAUUUCAGCGUGGCACCGGCCUGCCCUGUAAAACGAGCCGCAUCUUCCUCCUCCUCCUCCUCCCUGAAAGGGCUGCGUGAGGCUGCGGCGGCGCUGGAGGAGGAGGCUUGCUGCUCUUCUGCUGCUGCUGCUGCUGCCGCGCUGCGGAUGCUGCUGCUGCUGCUGCAAAAGGCGAAGCAGCGCCUUGACGCAGUCUGGCCGGCUCCAGCUGCAGUACGAACCCGUUGCCCCCGAAGUGAGCUUUAUCCCUUUUUGAUACAUCUCUCUCUAUAUAAAUCACUCUCAUAAAGUGGAAGGGGCCAAUGCAGAGCGAGAGAGAGCAAGAGAGAGAGAAGUUGGUGGACUGGAUAGUGCUGAGUCGACAUUUCAACCAACUCUGGUCCCGGGCACUCUGUUUAUGUCUUCGUCUGUAUUGAGGGAAAGUUUGCGACAGCAGCCGCAAUACAGCAGCAGCAGAGGCAGCAUGGUCACACCUGGGAGCGAAAUGAAGGAUCUGUGCUGAAAGCCAGAAGCGGAUCAUGAUGUUUGUGCUGAUCCUGCAGCCCUCCCUUUGUUCUUAGGCACAACCAGGUACAGUUUGUUGUCCCCGUCCCCUCCUUCCCAAAUGAUCCGCACCCAACACCCUUUCUUUUUCCCAGCCUUGAUGACCUUCUGUCCCUUCCUCUCUCUUUACCCUUGAGAUUCCCAACCUUGAUGUCCACCCUCCAUUCCUGCUCUUUGAAACAGGAGACCAAAGAAAGGCGCCGAUCGCUCUUCGGCACUUUAGUUCCGCAUCUUGAGCCUUCUUCGUUCUUCAUGCUUCUUCAGCUCUGGCAGCUUUUUGUUUUGGAUCCCGUCUCCUUCUAUAUCUCACCGCCUUUGUAGUCGUUUUUUCCACUCCCCUUUCCACCAUGACUGUGAUGGCCGGGGAUCACAUGGAUGAGACGUCUGCUUUGCCGGGCCACCUCCAGGACAGCUAUAGGCCCGGGACUCACGACGACCACGAAUGCUGCGAGAGGGUCGUGAUCAACAUUGCGGGCCUGAGAUUUGAAACCCAACUCAAAACCCUGGCCCAGUUUCCCAACACCUUGCUGGGGAACCCAAAGAAGCGCAUGCAGUAUUUUGACCCGCUGCGGAACGAAUACUUUUUUGAUCGGAACCGGCCCAGUUUUGACGCCAUCCUCUAUUACUACCAGUCUGGGGGGCGGCUUCGCAGGCCGGUCAACGUCCCCUUAGAGAUGUUCACCGAGGAGAUCAAGUUCUACGAACUGGGAGAGGAGGCCAUGGAGAAAUUCCGGGAAGACGAAGGGUUCAUUAAAGAGGAAGAGAGGCCGUUGCCUGAUAAGGAAUAUCAAAGGCAAGUAUGGCUCCUCUUUGAAUAUCCCGAGAGCUCUGGGCCCGCCCGGGUCAUUGCGAUAGUCUCUGUUAUGGUGAUCUUAAUCUCCAUAGUGAUAUUUUGUCUGGAAACUUUGCCAGCCCUGAAAGACCAGGACAGGGAAUAUACAGGACCCCUAAACCGCAGCGACAACUCCACCAUUUAUUACAAGUCCAAUAUCUUUACCGACCCCUUCUUUAUUGUGGAGACACUCUGCAUCAUUUGGUUUUCCUUUGAAUUGGUGGUGCGCUUUUUCGCCUGCCCCAGCAAAGCCGAGUUCUUCAAGAACAUCAUGAACUUCAUUGACAUAGUGGCCAUCAUCCCGUACUUCAUCACUCUGGGCACAGAGAUGGCUGAGCAGAAGGGGCCCCCAAAGGGGGAGCAAGCCACCUCUCUGGCCAUCCUCAGAGUCAUCAGAUUGGUAAGAGUCUUUAGAAUCUUCAAACUCUCAAGACACUCUAAGGGCCUUCAGAUCCUGGGACAGACCCUCAAAGCGAGCAUGAGGGAGUUAGGCUUACUAAUCUUUUUCCUCUUCAUUGGGGUGAUUUUGUUCUCCAGCGCGGUGUAUUUUGCUGAGGCUGAAGAACCUGAAACUCAUUUCGACAGCAUCCCUGAUGCUUUCUGGUGGGCAGUGGUAUCCAUGACCACUGUAGGAUAUGGUGACAUGUACCCUGUGACAAUUGGAGGCAAAAUCGUGGGCUCCUUGUGUGCCAUUGCUGGUGUGCUGACAAUUGCCCUGCCUGUACCUGUCAUUGUGUCCAACUUCAACUACUUCUACCACCGAGAAACAGAAGGGGAAGAACAGGCUCAGUUACUUAGAGUUAGCUCUCCUAAUUUAGCCUCUGACAGUGAUCUGAGUCGCCGUAGCUCCUCCACAGUCAGCAAAUCUGAGUACAUGGAGAUUGAAGAGGAUAUGAAUAAUAGUAUAGACAAUUUUAGAGAGGCAAACCUCAGAACUGGCAACUAUACCAUAGCCAACCAAAACUGUGUUAAUAAAAGCAAGCUGCUUACUGAUGUUUAAAAACACGUAGUAAAGGAAACAAUGGCAGCUUGAAGACUUUUAAUGACUGGCAGUCACACUUCAUAGAUGCUUUAUGAAUAGCCUUUGAAUGCUUUACCUCGUAAAUGCAUUGUUGCAUUGCGAAUUCUUGCUCAGUGAUUCAAGAAGCUUUCAUGAUCCAUGAAAGAAAUCCACUUUUUGUUUGUUUUCGAUGAAUAUUUUCCAGUUGGUAUGAACAGUUAACUAUAAUUCUUUGGAUUAGCCUAGUUAUAAAUAAGAAUUGUAUGCUUCUAGCUCUAGUCAUUUUGCCAUUACUUUCCGUUGUUUAAUUUGAUUUUAAGUUUCAAAGAGAACUCUUACAAAUAUUUAAAAUAUGCAUGGAUUCCGGGGUGGGGGUGGGUCUACAAAAAAAAAAACCUGCACAAUGCAUCCAAGAAAUUGCAUCCAAACAAUACUCAUCCUAAUGUGCAGUAAGCAUUUGCCACUGUUUAGACUGACUGACAUGUAUUUCCUUCUUUUGUGAAAGGCUUUGUAGUUUGAUCUACAAAUCCACACACAGCACCUUAUAAAAAUACUCCAGGUCUUUUGAUUUUGCUGUAUACACUUUUUAAAUUGAACAGUUAUUCUCUAUGGAUUUGGGGGGUGGGAAAGUGGAGGGAAACAACAUCUGCAAUGCUGCUAAGAUUUAUUAAGUGCAGAUGGUUUUAAUGUAUUUUUUUCCAUUCUCCAAAACUUGGAUGCAAACCUUUUUAGCUCCUUUGUUGCAAGAUAGCACAAUAGAAUUUAAUAUAAGCAUGUUGGACUUUGAUACUAUCUAUUUUAUAACUGCAUGCCUUGAAACAUUACCUCAGACAAUAGGGGAUAAGCUUUUGUUUGAACUAUUUUUUUCUUUGAAAUAGGCCCUUUUUAUUUCAAUUUGCAUUCACCAAAAGUGCACUCCUUUUUAUUUAUUAAGUAUUGGAUUAUUAUCUUAAAGUACUGUAUUUAAGUGCAUAUGUCAAAUGGGAACAAUAAUUUUGGAGAUCAAAGCAUGCUAAAAUAUUCAGCGUUAUGGCCUAUUUGACUAAAGUGUAGCUCUAAUUAAUGCAUGAUUUCAGUAAUUUAAGAAAAAAAUUGCUUGUUGGGACGGAGGGCCAGGAAUGAGAGCGAUUGGACGAUUUUCCUGCGUUCCACAGGAAAAUGAGUUGGCUUCUGUCUAGUCCUUGUUAGAAAGUACAAUAGCCCAUCCCUUAAAGGGACAUUUAUAUGAAAAAAGUAACAAUUUAAAUUUAUAUAUAGCAAUGUCUAAAUAUUCUGUAUCUCUUAGAAGAGAAAAAAAGAUGCAGAAGCAUGCCUUUUGGUGCAUUCUUAGAAUGUAAAAUGAAACUUGCCUAUUAUAUGCAUCCAAAUUACAGCCCAGUUCUUUCGCAGUCAUUUGAACCUUAGAAAUUUUGUAUUCCCUUAGGAUUCUCUGAAGAGAUUUAACCAGUUGAUUUUAGAUAGUUGCUUAGUGCCUUUAUCCUUAACAGCCACUGAACUGCUGAAAGUGCCUCUAUGAAAAGAGCUGAUCCCAAGUAGGCAUGGAUGAGUCAGCUGGACCGUGUCAGGACUCUGCUGUUCCAAAUGCAGGCACCACAGAAGGACCGCCGGGGGGGGGGCACCAACAAGGAAGACAAUAUGCAAAGCAAAGAGGCAGAAGAAGAGGGCAGAAACCACUAGCACUCAUGCACCCUCAGUUUCCUUCGGUGCUUUCCCCCUCUACAGCAGAGUGAUAUUGCAACCUAGCCUUUGCCUUUACCAAAUAUGUUGCAAUCAUAAGUAUGCAGAAUGUAACCCGUUUGGUUAUAGAGAAUCUAUUGACCUCCUUAUUCUGGACAGGGCGGUGGGGAGACAGUACGGAGCUGGGCCGCCCUUCCUUCAGGAUGGCUGUUGGCAGCCCAUCUCCAAACUCAAGAGGAUGGAAAGGCCAUCAUUGUCAGCAGGAGUGCAGUGAGCCAGGAUAGAUGAGUACUCAGAACUUCUCCGAUUCCAUUGAGAGGUCUUUGCCUUUCCAGCCAAGCACUUGAGCUUGUCCUCCUAGUCUAAUCUUUACAGAGUCCUUUGAUUUUAAAAUCUGAAUGCUCCCACCCUCUGUAAAAACUCCUCAUACUUUUUUGUGUCAGGCGUGACUUGAAAAACUCGCAAGUUGCUUCUGGUGUCUUGAGGAUUGGCCGUCUGCAAGGAUGUUGCCUACGGGAUGCCUGGAUGUGUUACCAUCUUGUGGAAGGCAUCUCUCAUGUCCACACAUGAGAAGCUGGAGCUGACAGAUGGGAGCUCACCUCGCUCCCCAGAUUCAAACCACCGAUCUUUCGGUCAACACUCCUGCCAGCACAAUGGGUUAAACCAUUGUGCCAUCGGGGGCUUCAACUCCUCAUACAGUUCUGUUUUAUUGAAGUGUGUCAUAGUCUGAAAAUAAGCAGUGGUUGAAACUACAAGCCUGUACACCGUAGAAUUACAGUGUACACUGUAGAAUUAAUGCAGCUUAACACCACUUUAACUGCAAUGGCUCAAUGUUAUAGAAUCUAGGGAGUUGUAGUUUGAGCCCCCCCCCCCAGGGGGUUGAGAAGGGCGGGCUACAAAUGUUUGAAAUAAAUAAAUAAAUAUGACAUUAUUUGUCAGAGAAGGUUAAAGAUCUUGUAAAAACUACAACUGCUAUGAUUCCCUAGCAUUGAGGCAUAGCAGUUAAAGUGGUGUCAGCUAUAUUCUACAGUGUAGAAUGGCACCCUAUGUCAGUUUUAACUGAUGCAGAUAGACAUCUUUUUAUUUUUAAACAUCACAGGGGAAGAUAAUCUCUUGACACUUAACUUGUGAUUUGUUGUUUUCGGACCUUUUCCCUCCUUUGAUGCAUAGACUCCAGGUCUUCUUCUCUUCCACAAUGUCUAUUCUCCAUAACUACUGUUCUAUAGAACAUUAAACUGGAAACAAGAACAUUAAUUCUGCAGUUUUGAACAAAUCUGAUAUGCCAGAUAGGCAGAAGUUGUAAUUUUAUGGCUUUUAUUAUCCCAAAUUACAUGAAAUAGUCGCCAAGGGCAAAAUAAUUCCAAAUAUUAAUUGCAAAACCUAUAUUUAAAAGCCCACAUAGUUCCAUUUAGUCAUCCUUUCCCAGUUCUAGACCUGAUGGCCUGAGCAAUACUUUGCAAAUCUCAAAUUUUAGGAACAUCACCCCAAAAAAUUAACUGGUGUGAAGGUUAUCUCAGCAAUUGUGCCCUCAGUGCCAAGUGGGGUGGCUGAUUAGGAGGUGCCAUGUGAGAUAGGAUGAGGCCUCAAUUGGGCAGCUUGGUGAGUUUAUGUACGAAUUAAUUGGGUUGCCCACACCUUAAUUUAUCUGCUGGACUGAUCUGUAUUCUGCAUGUUUAAGAGAAAGUACUGCAUGUAGUGGUUCGAUUUAUGGCUCCCCUUCCUUUGCUUUUGACAGGGUUGGGCAAAUCUUUAGGGCUCGGGUGGGUGUCUUGGGGAAUAUGACAAUUGCUUACUCAUUUAUAGUUCACAACAAAGGAACUAGGUAAAUAUUGAGUCAGGGAUAACUUCAUGUAGCAUAGGCAUGUAUUUCUUCCAGGAAAAUUUUUGCUCCCGUUAAAAAUCAAAUUCAUUGCUUUGCACUCUACUACUGAAAUAUCUUUGUAGGCUUGAAGGUGCACUAAACUAAAAACCGAACAAACUUUGGUUGUUGUUUCUAAUGUUUCUUUUUGCCAUACUUCUUUCUGACGAUUGAUAAUCCCAAAAAAGUGGGUGUUCGAACUGGCCCCGGUAGAAUUAGGCGCACAACAGAUGUGGCCAGUCGUCAUGGGGGGGAAAUGCCUCAUACAUUUGCUGGCCUAUUGGCAAAUGCAAUGACUCCACCUUUGAUGUACUAUCAUGGCUUGCAACAUUGCUCAGAUACAUUCAGCACUCCACAAGGUGAGAAUCGGGUUGUUCAGCAGAUUGUUUGAAGAACAUUUUUGCAAGGCCUGGAAGCAGGCAAAAUUUCCCUAACCUUGGUGCAGAGGUAUCUUUACCACAAGGGGAUAUGGUGCUCCGCUCAUGCAAUUUGAAGCACAAUUCACUGAGAAUUUCUCUUACAGAAGCCUCAUAGAAGUGAACAAGAAAGGCACAACAGCACCGUAGGGUUCUUGUGCAGAUCCUCUUCAUUUCAGGGUGGCUUAAUGGGGAGGGAGGUGCUAUUUGGAUUUUCUGCCUCAGGUACCAAAAUGGGAUGGCUCUUUGUUGACAUCAUAGAAACCAAAUAUCACCUGGACCAUAGAAGAGAAAUAGAAUUUAGGCCCUUUUCCAGGAAUACAGUGUGUUUUGUUUUGUUUUUUGAAAAAACAAGCAACUAUGUGCAGGAACAUUCUGUUCUGUAAUCAUAUCUAUUUGCCAAACAAUAGGUUUUUUUUCUAGAGAAUAAUCUUGCAUAACAUAUGUAAGCAUAAAAAUGAUGUGGGUUUCAUAGGGAAGGUAACACAAAGAUAAAUGAUGUAACUUCAUUUACAAUUAGUGCAGAUCAGGCCAAACAGUAUUCACAAUACAGUAGAAUAUAUCAAUGUUAUUAUAUAUAAGAACUAAGGAAGUAAUGUUGCACUACGUCACAGCUCUUUCAUAAUCAGAAAGCAAAUGUAAAUGCAAUGGAAUUUUAGUGAAUUCUUUUAUUUUUCCCAUUGCAUUUAUAUAUUUUAUUAUAUUAUGCACUAUUAUGGCACUUAAGGUUUUCUUCACUUCUUGUAAAGGUGAUAUACAAAUAAAGAGGGUUUCUGUAUAUUUCAAUUCAAAUCCAGUAGUGUUUGGCUUGGCCUUGUCUUCUUGUAGAACAGGGGUGCAGGUAGGCAAUUGUUGAAGACUGCGGGGAGAGGGCACAUUAUCUCUUUGGUAGGCAGCACCCCCAUCACACAGUCCACUAGAAACACAAAGAAACACAAACAGAUUGUGCCCCCCCUCCCGAGAAUCACAGGAAUGGUAUGGGGCCUGUCUGAAGCUUAUAGACCACACUAUGACUAAAGCUGCUGUAGGUAAAGUGACCCCACUAUCCCUAACCAGUCCUGUUCUAUGCUCCCAGUGGUACAGCUGGGACCAGAGCGCUUGGACCUCCACACUCCUCAUAUAGCAGCAACCCUGGGCAGUGUCUCUGGGAGGCACCAUCCUGGAAUUCUCCCUGGCGUUGAAGGUUUAGUUCUUGUUGAGGGCUGCACCUCUUCAAAAUACAGGUCAAUGCUUAUUCAACUGAAUGCUCCCAAAGUCACCUGUACUUGGAAAAUUAGCUCAUUAUGGAUCACAUUUCUAACCUAACCUUCAUCUUGAAACAAUAGUUUGCUCUACUCAGGGACUUUUUCUUACGAAACUGAGAAACACUGAAAGACGUUGAUCGUGGUUAGUACCCAUCUAUAGUCUGAAAACCAAGGGCCAUUUUACAAUUAUAGCACUAUGACUCCAGUUGAACUCCUAUGGCGCGUUGUGGAUUGGGCAAGCACUAGAGCUCACUUGCUGAGAAUUCUAAGUAUCCCUCCAACUGCAAAUCCCAAGAUUCCUUAGAAUGGAACCCAUGGCGGAUUUAUCAACCGAGUGAGAACUAGACUGUAGUUUUCUAUAAGAAUGGAAAUAAUAUUUUAAAAUACUUGAAAAAUUAUUGGAAAAUGUGUUUUUUGAGUGUUGAGAAAAAUCCAGGACUGGCAAGAAUCUUCACAGUUCAGGAUUUAUUCUGUGGUUGUUUUGUACAGAAACCAGCAUAUUCUGCGCAGAAAACAGCCAUUUCAACACAGAAAUAUUAAUUCAUGCACAGAGAAUGCUGUCUUCCUGUGCAGAAAAUGCUGUUUUCUAUGCAAAGCAACCAUGUUCAAAUUAUACACAGCAUUUUCUGCAUAGAAAACAUACUUUUAUGCACAGGAGUUAAUAUUAAAAUAUUAUUUGCCAUGCAGAAAUUGCUGUUACCUAUGCAAAAAAUGCAAAUUUCUGCACAAAACAACCAUGUGGGUUUUUUUUUCAUAGAAUAAGUCCGCAAUUGUGAAUAGCCUUUGAAAAUUCAUGCCUUUUGAAGACUUUGUCUCAGAAGAAAAUUACUGAAAUUACUCAUUGCUGCCUGUGGAAAGAAUCUUAGUGAAGAGUGACACCCCUACUUUUCUAUGGACAGGGUCUUGGAACAGCUAAGCCUGCAUUCAGCCAUGAAAUUCCUCUACUUUUAGUUUAAUGGCACAAUCCAUGGAAAAUUUCAGCCUGUUAUUUUGUUUUCAUGUAGUCAAGGUCUCCUGCUUCAGAGACAUUCAGUACAAAUCCAAGGCAGCCUGUAGAUGUCCAAGCAGGUUUUAGUUGUUCAUUUCACAUGGGGAUCUACAAUAAUUUCAAAAGGUCACUUGAGUACUCUCUUCCUUAAAACUUAAUACUGGGUUUUAAGACCUAAUUUUUAGUCCUGUCUUGUUUAUUUAGCCAUUCAGCUAGAUACAGCUCUCAGCAGACAUCCAAGUAAGACUAUGCUGAGAACUGGUCCUUGUUCAGACGGCACGUGGCAGCAGGCAAGUGAAGCAGCUUCACUGUGGCUUUCACUUCUAAAGUCUUGUCUGCAGACAAUCAGACAUUCAUUCAUUACUGUGGGGUUAUUGAUUUAAUGCUGAUUGUUUUUUAUUUUAAAAAAAUAGCUGCGAUUACAAAGUAUACUGUGCAAUUUCAAAAUGAUGCAGAUGAUCCCCAGGGUACUUUUCUCAAGGUUCAGAUGUUAGCCCGUGCAAAUCCUGGUAGCGUUCACAGACGCAUUUAUAUUUCGUAAAGUUUAAGUCAACACGUGAGAAAUGUACCCACAAAGCUGAGAAGUAUGGUUUUAAUCAUGAAGUGACUGUUAAAAACUCAACACAGUUUUGUGGCAUUGUUGGCAAUGAGCAAAAAAGAAACAAAACCCCAUUCUCUUACUUUACCUUUUUAGGGGCCAUUUAAAUCAAUGGGCAAUUUGAACAGACGGUUCGAUUGUAUGUCUGGACAAGAUGAGUGUGAAAUUUAUUGUGAAAUGUCCUGAAAUAGCAUUAAUCUAAACUCACUAGGUUAUUUUAUUUGACUAUUUUAAAUGUUUUUGUAACUACUUUUGUUUCUCUGAAAUGCUCAGUGAUGUAUCAAUAAGGCCAGAAUUCUCUUUUCAUAAUUCCUACAAAUGGCAUGCCUUUUUUUUCAAUUUGGAUUUUUAAUUCCAAUUGGGAAAACAAACCUAUUGAUCCCUAUGUUGACAAUUCUUCAGCCUUCUGUGAUUUACUACUUUCAGUCUCUCCUGUCGAGCCUCUGCUGUCAUGCGGAAUCGGAUACAACUGAAUUCUUUGGAGACAUAUUUAUUGUUGAUUACAUUGGUCUUUCAAUGGCAUUUCUAUAAUAUGAUUGGAGUCUAAUGUAUAGUUUACUUUUAUACAAAAGUUUUAAAAAGAUAUUUUUAUGACUAAAUUCAACAAGGAAAAAUUAAAAUUUGAUUUUCCUUUCCGAGGACCUUGGUUUGAAACUGUGUAAAUAACAGCUGUGCAUAGGAAUGUAUAUGGAUAUUAUUAUUAUUUUUUAACAUACCUCUGAUUUUAAUGAUCCAACGUUAGUCUUAAAUGAGGUCAUGGAAUGGUUAUUCCCAGAACAGCGCACCACCAGGGCAACAAACCAUUGAAGCUGAUAUGGGUCUAUCGAUUUUCAUAAUUUUUAAGUUGCUUACAUUUUUGAGUUAAGUAUUUGAUUGUUAUAUUACAAUUGAUCUGUCUUAACCAUUGCUGAAAUAGUUUUGUUUUUGUCCAUUUUAAAGACAGAGAAUGUUAUGAGUUAUAUGUAAAACAUAUAAUGUGCAUAGUUUCUUCUAUGCAGUUUUACUUGCUUCUGUCACCUCUAUCAUCUGUUCAUAUUUGGCAUCUAUUAAAGAUAAUUUUUAAGGAUCUUA